AUGUCUUCCCUCGUCUCCGACUUUCUCAUCAAUCCCGUCUUGCGACAAGCCCGCAGAUUUUCUGAAAUCUCCCGCGCCACUUUCGCUGGCGAUGGGGACAAACCCACCGUACAUACAGACGACAACGCAGUGAGCAACUCCAGCCACAUCGAUAACCCCGUCCCCGAUUCCACCAUCCCCGUCGAAUCCCCCCUCCCACGACCCCUCAGCGCCUCGACCCAGGAGAUCCGAGUUAGAGUUGAAGAGCCGGCACUGAGACCCGCCAUGGCUGAUGCACCGCCGACCCGCGACCACAUCAGCCUUGCUCUGAGUCCGCGGAGCCCGCGCAAGAUCCCCGAGGACGAUGGCAUGAAGGAGUUGAGGACCAGGAUCCAUGGCAUCAACGCACGUGAUAUUCCCUCGGAAGAGAAGGCGAAGAUGAUACAUGACACCCUGUUGGAGGGAUACCGUGCCUCGAAGACCGACGUGCAUAUUGCUAAGGUCUUGGAAAGUGACGGGUCCCUAGAGUCAGCGCUUGCCCAGUCGCCCACGUCGAGCCCAUUGAAAUUCUGGCAGAACCAGUCGGGGGAGCCACUGGAUGCUGAGAGGUUCAUCCUAAGCGACGAGGACAUCAAGCCCACGUACGUUCCGGUAAAGCAACCGAAGCAUCACGGCAGUGAAACGCCUGUGAUGCCCUCCGAGGUGAUACCAGAAACGGACCAACCCCUUGGGUGUCAACACUAUGAGCGAAACGUCAAACUUCAAUGCUUUACCUGCAAGAAGUGGUACACAUGCCGCUUCUGCCAUGAUGCGAAUGAAGACCAUAAUCUUGUCCGCAGGGAAACCAGAAAUAUGCUUUGCAUGAUUUGCGCUACUCCCCAGAAAGCAUCUAACGCAUGCAUCGGCUGUGGCGAAAUUGCCGCCCACUACUACUGUAACAUCUGCAAGCUCUGGGAGAACCGUCAAAGCAAAUCUAUCUAUCAUUGCAACGAUUGUGGUAUUUGUCGACGAGGCAUGGGUCUCGGCAAAGAUUUCUUCCACUGCAAGACCUGUCGUGCAUGUAUUUCAACAUCGAUUGAGACCUCUCACAAGUGCAUCGAACGAUCCACUGAUUGCGACUGCCCCAUUUGUGGAGAGUACAUGUUCACGUCACCACGACCUGUCGUGUUCAUGCCUUGCGGUCACAGUAUCCACAGAAGAUGUUACGAACAGCACAUGAAGGUGUCAUACAAGUGCCCAAUAUGCAACAAAAGCCUUACGAACAUGGAAAGUCAGUUCCGGAACCUAGAUGUGGCUAUCCAGAGUCAGCCAAUGCCCCCGGAGUUUCGUAACACCACAGCAGUCAUUCUGUGUAAUGACUGCUCAGGGAAGAGCACAGUUCGCUAUCACUGGCUGGGCCUAAAAUGCUCCAUAUGUCGGUCGUACAAUACCGUGGAAAUGAACAUCCAUGGGAGGGACUCUGGACAGGCACAGCCGUCCUUGACCGAGGAGGGAGAGCUACCAGCUGAUGCUGAGGCAAGCCGCCAAGCUCCAGCAUCUGCAUCAGGGAAUAGGGUCGCCGCCGUAGCAGUGAACAGGCGCAGGCAUUCUUCGCACGGCGUCGAGGCUCAGUAUCGCGCACCUGACAGGGUGGCACGAUCGGUCUCCCCUAUCUUCGGUCUAGAAGCCAUUAGCGCCCAUCUGGCACUAGAUGAUGAGUCGGACAAUGAUAUCCUAAGGCUUUGGAGGGGUCGCGGGCUGAAUGAUGAGACAUCAACCAGCGACGAGGAGUCUGAAUCAGAUGACGACACUGAUGGCCCCUCUGAUGCCGAAGAUGACGACGACGACGACGACAACGAGAUUAUGCUUAUUGGGCAUCGAUAA